AUGGAAUAUGGUGACGACCGCUUCGACUAUCGAGAGUGGGUUCGGGCAGUCGAGGCCGCCACGUCGUGCGAGGAGCGUCGUUGGCGUCGCGUUUUGCGCUGGUAUCUGAAGCCUUCCUGGGAGACCGUCGACGCGCACGGCAACCGCCUCUCGUGUCGGUUUAGUAGCUCUGAUUCGAGCUCGCUUACUGAGGAUAACUUUGAGAGCGUUGGGUCAUCUUCAAGUACACCUUCCGACAGAGCGUCGACUGAAAGUCGCGCAGGCGACACAGUUUCGGAUACCGAGGCGAAUGAGACAGACUACGAGCUCCAUGGGCCAGACGUGCCAACAGAGGCUCAGCUCGAACACGCCAUUAAGGUUCUUUUGGACUCGGAUAACAUCAUGCGAGAGCCCGCGAGCUCACGGGCCGUGCGUCACUGCUGUACGAACAUCCUUGGGGAUGCCGUUCGAAUUGCCAGUAUGUACGUGCCGCCGCCGCGGCCGUCGGCUGACGACUCGGAAAGUGGUGCUGGGGUCGACGACACGAUGCUGUUGUUGAGAGGAGCGGGGCCAAUGAUGGACCCGUCGGAAGCAACGCCAGAGCACGAGACCUUGCGUCCGUGCAGCGGCCAUGAGCCGUUCCCGUCGUAUCAGCCUGGUGCUGCCUCGAGGCCUACGGACGCACCAGAUGUGCCUACAGUUUCGGAUCAUCAUCGCAACAGCGGCGGUGAUUCUGGCUGGAGUGCAUAUGCCUCUGGACGAGAGCAGCAGUUUCGCUUAUGGAGCGAGGAGAUCACCGCAUUCCGCGACGCAGCGGAACUAGCCGACCUAACGAUGGCUGAGGGCGAAGCGCUCGCGCUUGCGCUCGAGAGGUACGAGGAGCGUAUGCACCGCCUGUUAGAAGCGCUGCAAGAGCAUGAUAGCGGGCAGGCGGCAUCUUUAGCAGGUGAAUGA